GCCCUGCUGUCCGCGUUGGCACGCAGACUCAGAGCUGCCUGACGCGCAGCAGAUGCGCAUCGGCCAUUUUGCUCGGAAGGAGGCCUCGGCUUCAACACGUGAGAGCGAGGAGCCUGACACAGGCUCGGACAUCUGACUACAACCGGGACAAUAUCCAUGUGUGAACCGACAGAGGCGUAGGAAGCAAGCACAAUGCCCACAAUCCCUCUACCGCCGAAGGAGAAUGCUCUCUUCAAGAGAAUAUUGAGAUGCUACGAGCACAAGCAGUACAGGAACGGCCUGAAGUUCUGCAAGCAGAUCUUGGGGAACCCCAAGUUCUCUGAGCAUGGAGAGACGCUGGCCAUGAAGGGUUUGACCCUCAACUGCCUGGGCAAGAAGGAGGAGGCCUAUGAGCUGGUGAGACGGGGCCUUCGCAACGACCUCAAGAGCCACGUCUGCUGGCACGUGUACGGCCUGCUGCAGCGUUCUGACAAAAAAUACGACGAGGCCAUCAAAUGUUACCGCAAUGCUCUGAAGUGGGACAAGGACAACCUGCAGAUCCUCAGAGACCUCUCCCUGCUGCAGAUCCAGAUGAGAGACCUGGAGGGAUACAGAGAGACCCGGUACCAGCUGCUGCAGCUCCGUCCGGCCCAGCGGGCCUCGUGGAUCGGAUACGCUGUAGCAUAUCACCUGCUGGAGGACUUUGAGAUGGCCGCCAAGAUCGUUGAGGAAUUCCGCAAAACGCAACAGACGUCUCCAGACAAGGUGGACUACGAGUACAGUGAACUGCUGCUCUAUCAGAACCAGGUUCUGAGGGAGGCCGGCCUGUACAAGGAGGCCCUUGAGCACCUCAACAACUACGAGAAACAGAUCUGCGACAAACUGGCAGUGGAGGAAACGAGAGGAGAGUUGCUGCUGCAGCUGGAUAGGCCCGAUGAGGCCUCACAGGUCUACAGGAGUCUCCAGGAGAGGAAUCCUGAGAACUGGGGCCUACUACCAGGGCCUGGAAAGGCCUUAAAGCCAGGUAGUAUUGAGGACCGUCAGAAGAUUUAUGAGGACUCCUGGGUGAAGUUUCCUAAAGGCCUCGUUCUCCGGCGACUGCCGCUUAACUUCCUCACAGGGGACAAGUUUUGUGAAUGUCUGGACAGCUACCUUAGGAUGAACUUCAGUAAAGGCUGCCCACCCGUCUUCACUACCCUCAAGUCCCUCUACAGCGACAGAGAUAAGGUUGCAAUCAUUGAGGAAUUGGUAGUUGGCUAUGAAACCUGUUUAAAAAGCUUCCGAAUGUUCAGUAAAAAUAAUGAUGGGAAGGAGGAGCCUCCUACCACCCUGUUGUGGGUGCAGUACUUCCUCGCUCAGCACUUUGACUUCAUAGACCAGCCCAGCCUCGCGCUGGAGUACAUCAACACGGCCAUAGACAGCACGCCCACGCUCAUCGAGCUCUUCCUCAUCAAGGCCAAGAUCUACAAGCACACAGGCGACAUCAAGGAGGCAGUUCGGUGGAUGGAUGAAGCUCAGGCUCUGGACACCGCCGACCGCUUCAUCAACUCCAAGUGUGCCAAGUACAUGAUAAAGGCGGGCCUCGUCAAGGAAGCCGAGGAGAUGUGCGCCAAGUUCACACGGGAGGGGACGUCUGCAGUAGAGAACCUGAAUGAGAUGCAGUGCAUGUGGUUCCAGACAGAGUGUGCCUUGGCCUACAAGGCCAUGAACAAAUUUGGAGAGGCUCUGAAGAAGUGCCACGAGAUUGAGAGGCAUUUUGUGGAGAUCACAGAUGACCAGUUUGACUUCCACACCUACUGCAUGAGGAAGAUGACGUUGCGCUCCUACGUGGACCUGCUGAAGCUGGAGGACGUGCUGAGGCAGCAUCCCUUCUACUACAAGGCCGCUCAGACCGCCAUCCAGAUCUACCUGGAGCUGCACGACAGGCCUCUGACCGCCGACAACAAGGAGAGCCAAGCGGACGCAGAGAAUCUGACGGACAAAGAGCUGAAGAAGAUGCGUAACAAACAGCGAAGAGCCCAGAAGAAGGCCCAGUUAGAGGAGGAGAAGAAGAAGAACGCGGAGAAGGAGAAACAGCUGAGGAACCAGAAGAGGAAAAAGGAGGACGAUGACGAGGAGAUAGGGGGGCCCAAAGAAGAGCUCGUUCCAGACAGACUGGCUAAGGCAGAGAAUCCUCUGGAGGAGGCAGUGAAGUUCCUGAUCCCUCUGAAGAACCUUGUGCGCAACAAGAUCGAGACGCACCUCCUGGCCUUUGAGAUCUACUUCAGGAAAGAGAAGUACCUGUUGAUGCUUCAGUCGAUAAAGCGGGCGGUAACAAUAGAGCCCUCCAACCCAUGGCUGCACCAGUGUCUGGUGCGCUUCUUCAAAGGAGUGCAUGAGAGUGCAGACCUGGCAGAGUCUGUGAGGAAGGUGUUGAAGCAGGAGAUCUCCAGACUGUUUGGGGAGAGCAACCCGCAGAGCUUCAACAAGAACUACCUGAGUCAACACUCCAGCUCCAUCCCACACCGACUAGCUGCUGCUAAGAUGAUGUUCUACCUGGAACCGCUCUCUGAUAAGAUGGCCUGUGAGAUCGCCACGGCCCUGGAUGAGUCCCUGUCCGGAAGAAGCCUCCAGAUCUGUACUCAGGUGCUGGAGGCGCUGCAUGAUGGACAGCUGGGCGAGGGCCAGCAGAAGGCUGCUGAAGCUUACCGGAUUGCCUGCCAGAAGAUGUACCCCUACAGCCUUGCUUUCAUGCCCCCCGGUUACCAGGACAACAACGCCACGAUCAGUGCCAACGGCGACCUUUCUGCAGGAGAGAACGACGACGUGGCAAACGAGAUGUGAGCUUUGACCCCCUUCUUCCUCCCCCAAGCUACGGCUGCUGUGAGUUGCACCCGCAUUGCACUGAUCUGGAUGGACGGAGCGCCACAGAAGAGAAAGUAGGGUAGCUGGCACAUGGAGGAAGGAAACGCCCAUGGAACUUUUUGAUUUCCUAAAAAUGACCCUGUGUCCAGUUUUGGAACUAAAAAAAACCCAGAUAAAUAUGCAAAAGAGGAUUCUGGGAAAUGUAGACAUGGAUGGCUCCUGUAAAUCCAGUCCAAGUUUUCUAUGACUGCCGUGUUUUCAUGCCAGGUCCUUCUUCUAGGGGCAUCUGCUUCUUGUGUUUUUAAAAGUAAUUUAUAUAUUACAAAUGGGUUAAUAAAACGAUGUUUCAAAUCAAAAAGGCACCAUUGUGAAUGUUAUUUGUAAUAAUGUGAGCUGCUAUUUGCCAAAGAACAAACGUGAUGGGAAAAGGCGCACAUGGCUGAUGCUGCAGUUUCCGGCUCUGCCACACGAGUGCUGCUCCCAACGUGUGAUUGAAGAGGAAGAUGCAGGACAGGACUGGAUGUGUCUCGUGUGACACACAACUACACAAGGCCUCCUACUGCCAUGCCAUCCCAUGAAGACCACUUGUUUCCAACAUGUUCCAGCUGAAUCCAGCACACCACCUGCUGCUAUUUAUCAUCCGCCAACAAGUUGGGACUGUUGAAGUGAUUGCACUGAUGUUGGUGGUGUAACAAAACGCUGUUGACGCAUCCACUUUGCUUGUGAACUGGAUUGACACUUUAACGUUAACCAUCCUAAUGUAAAAUAAAGUUUUACUAAAAAUGUUCCUACAAUUUUAAGCUGAGUUGGUUAAAUAGUGGUUUGACUGCGAUGUUUUCUCAUUCUAAAGAUAUUGGAGACAUUUUUAGCUGUUUACAACAAUUUAGCAAUUUCACGUUUUUACGCACAGUUUCUCAGGUUAACUGCAGUGGUGGUCAUCCAGCUGGACAGUGGCUCGUGUCCACAGCCUCCAUCGGUCCGGUGUUCUUGGAGAUGAGUGUUGUGUAUAUUCCUGAUUCAAGUUCUGAAGCCAGUGAAAUUUCUUUGCAACUGCUGACACAAUGACAUUUAUUAUGACUCAAAUAAAGCAUCGAUGUUUAUAAUCA